UUGGACCCACCAGGCAAGCCUGGGGAGCAGAGGAGCAGGCCUCCCUUCAUGCAGCACAGCGUGCCCCCGAUGUCAGAGGCGGUGGCCAGGCAAGCCCUCCUGCGCUUCGUGGCCUCCCGAUGCUGCUAUGGGAGCAGAGCCGCAGGAGAGCUGGCCAUCCAGCGGCUGCGGCAGCUGGGGACGUACCGAUAUCGACUGGAGACGUUCAGUGAGUCGAGGUUAAGCGAGUGGGCGUUCGAGCCUUUCACCAGCUGCCGGGUGCCCCACUCAGCACUGGUCAAGGACUGUCACAGAUGCCAUGGUCACGGCCGGUCCAAGUGUGGGGUGUGCCACGGGGCAGGUCGGACGAGGUGUGUAACGUGCAAGGGAUCCCGACAGAGGCUAAAGCAGCAAAAGAGAUGCCAGCUUUGUUCAGGUACAGGUCGCAAAAGGUGCAAUACCUGUUCUGGCCGGGGCAGCAAGACCUGUGCAACCUGCCAGGGAGAGAAGAAGCUCCAACAUUUCAAGCAGCUGGUGAUAACCUGGAAGAACAAUGUCUUUGAAUUUGUUUCUGAGCAUCAUCUGAACAUCCCAGGAGAGCUGCUCAGCAAAGUCAGUGGAGAGAAUAUAUUUAAAGAUGAAAACGUGGUGGUGUACCCCAUCAUCGACUUUCCUGAACCUGAGAUCUCCCUGGCCUCGCAGCGAGCCAUCGCAGAGCACAGCGCGGCGUUUGCCACGUCCUCCCGCAUCCUCCGGCAGCGUCAAACAAUUGAGCUAAUCCCCAUCACAGAAGUUCACUACCAGUAUUCAGGGAAGACUUACCUCUACUACAUCUAUGGGCUCGAAAACAAGGUGUAUGUGCUGGACUACCCCGAGAGGUGCUGCUGUGGCUGCACCAUCAUCUGA